AUGACGUCUAUUAUCAAAUUAACUACCCUCUCGGGGGUCCAAGAAGAGUCUGCGCUUUGUUAUCUGCUCCAAGUUGAUGAGUUUAGAUUUCUGUUGGACUGUGGCUGGGAUGAGCACUUUUCUGUGGAUAUUAUAGAUUCCCUGAGGAAGCACGUUCACCAGAUUGAUGCCGUGCUCUUGUCUCACCCUGAUCCUCUCCAUCUCGGGGCGCUCCCGUAUGCUGUUGGGAAAUUGGGCCUGAAUUGUGCCAUCUAUGCAACCAUCCCUGUGUAUAAAAUGGGGCAGAUGUUCAUGUAUGAUCUUUAUCAGUCUCGACACAAUACAGAAGAUUUCACUCUCUUCACAUUAGAUGAUGUGGAUGCAGCCUUUGAUAAAAUACAGCAGCUAAAAUUCUCUCAGAUUGUGAAUUUGAAAGGCAAAGGACAUGGCUUGUCUAUCACACCUCUACCAGCUGGUCAUAUGAUAGGUGGAACAAUAUGGAAAAUAGUCAAAGACGGAGAAGAAGAAAUUGUUUAUGCUGUUGACUUCAACCACAAGAGGGAGAUCCACUUAAAUGGAUGUUCCCUGGAAAUGUUAAGCAGACCUUCUCUACUUAUCACAGAUUCGUUUAACGCUACUUACGUGCAGCCGAGGCGAAAACAGAGAGAUGAGCAGCUUCUGACGAACGUCCUGGAAACCCUUCGAGCUGACGGAAACGUGUUGAUAGCGGUAGACACCGCAGGCAGAGUUCUGGAACUUGCUCAACUUCUUGAUCAGAUUUGGAGAACGAAAGAUGCCGGAUUGGGUGUUUACUCAUUGGCUCUCCUAAAUAAUGUCAGCUACAAUGUGGUGGAGUUUUCAAAGUCCCAGGUAGAAUGGAUGAGUGAUAAAUUGAUGAGAUGUUUUGAAGACAAAAGAAAUAAUCCAUUCCAGUUUCGUCACCUGUCUUUAUGUCAUGGUCUCUCUGACUUGGCUCGAGUACCUAGCCCCAAAGUUGUCCUUGCUAGUCAACCCGACCUAGAAUGUGGAUUUUCCAGGGACCUCUUUAUUCAAUGGUGUCAGGACCCUAAAAACUCAAUCAUUCUAACAUACAGAACGACGCCUGGAACCUUAGCACGUUUCCUAAUUGAUAACCCUUCUGAAAAAAUUACAGAAAUAGAGUUGCGGAAGCGUGUGAAGCUUGAAGGGAAGGAGCUUGAGGAAUACCUGGAAAAAGAGAAGCUGAAGAAAGAGGCUGCUAAAAAACUUGAGCAGUCAAAAGAGGCAGACAUGGAUUCCAGUGAUGAGAGUGAUGCUGAGGAAGAUAUUGAUCAGCCUUCAGCCCAUAAGACUAAGCAUGACCUGAUGAUGAAAGGCGAGGGCAGUCGGAAAGGAAGUUUCUUCAAACAGGCAAAAAAGUCGUACCCUAUGUUUCCUGCUCCAGAAGAGAGAAUUAAGUGGGAUGAGUAUGGAGAGAUUAUCAAACCAGAAGAUUUCUUAGUGCCAGAACUUCAAGCUACUGAAGAAGAAAAAAGCAAAUUAGAAUCUGGCUUGACAAAUGGAGAUGAACCCAUGGACCAGGAUUUAUCUGAUGUCCCUACUAAGUGUAUUUGUACCACAGAGUCCAUUGAAAUCAAAGCCAGGGUUACUUACAUAGACUAUGAAGGACGCUCUGAUGGAGAUUCCAUUAAAAAAAUCAUCAAUCAAAUGAAACCACGACAGUUGGUCAUUGUCCAUGGACCUCCGGAGGCCAGUCAGGAUCUUGCAGAGUGCUGCCGUGUGUUUGGUGGGAAAGACAUUAAAGUGUAUAUGCCAAAGCUCCAUGAAACCGUUGAUGCCACUAGUGAAACUCACAUCUACCAGGUGAGGUUGAAAGACUCACUAGUCAGCUCCCUGCAGUUCUGUAAGGCAAAGGAUGCAGAGCUAGCUUGGAUAGAUGGUGUCCUAGACAUGAGAGUCUCCAAAGUGGACACAGGAGUUAUUUUAGAAGAAGGAGAACUGAAGGAUGAUGGGGACGACUCAGAAAUGCAAGUGGAACCAUCUUCCGAUUCCAGCGUUACUGCACACCAGAAGGCCAUGAAAAGCCUGUUUGGGGACGACGAGAAAGAGGCUGGUGAAGAAAGCGAGAUCAUUCCUACUCUGGAGCCCUUGCCACCUCAUGAGGUUCCUGGACAUCAGUCGGUUUUUAUGAACGAACCAAGGCUCUCAGACUUCAAACAAGUUCUUCUACGGGAGGGGAUUCAAGCUGAAUUUGUAGGCGGUGUCCUGGUUUGCAACAAUCAAGUAGCGGUCCGUCGAACGGAAACUGGACGCAUUGGAUUAGAAGGCUGCCUUUGUCAAGAUUUUUAUAGGAUAAGAGACCUCUUAUAUGAACAGUAUGCCAUUGUAUAG